UUAACUUCCCAUAUAUAUAAACAACAUGUCCACUUCCACAUUUCAUUCCAUAAAGUUUUAACACAAAUCUCUAUACGCCUACAAACUACACUUUCAUUCUAUCUUUCCUUCACUUACUUUUCUUAAUAUUUCGUGGUAUAACAACUUUCCAAGUUACCAAACAUGAUUCCUACAUACAGAAACGUUGAGUCAUAUCCAUUUUACAGAAACCACAUACCAUUCCAUCAUCCUCACAUGGAACCUGUUCCCCCUCAAAUGAUAAUUGAUCCAUCCAAAUCACCCUUCCCUUAUGAACAACCUUGGCCUUAUCCUAGCAAUUAUGGCCACACUAUCCCACCACAUUUCUGCUAUGGUCAUCACAACUUUCCUAGUUACAUACCUUCUUAUCCUCAUGUUCCUUCUCCAUCACCAAUGUAUUGUUUUGGAGGCUUUCCUUCAUUUGGUGAAUCAAACUUUACUCCUUAUUCUCCACAAUCACAUUAUACUACCAUGGACCUUCCAAGAUAUGAAUAUGAUAAAUAUAUGCCAAAGGAUCAUCAUUGUUGUGGUUGUCCUAAUCCUGUUUCAAACCAAAGAAAGGAAGAUGAACCUGAUGUUGUUGGUAAGAAAGAGAAUGAUGGUAUGGUUCCAAUUCAGUUAAGGAAUUUUCCUUACCCUUUGGUUUGGAUUCCACCAGAAUAUUACGGUAACAAGCAACCGAAAAAUCACACUAAAGCUGAGUUUAGUGAGCAAGAUAAAAUGUCACAUGAUAAAAAGGCUAAUGGUUCUGAGAAUGGAUUGUUGCCCUUUGAUGUAAAGGGUGCACGGAACAUGUUUGGCGAUGAAGAUGGAAAAAGAUGCCAGAAGAAGGAAACUGAUAACAAUGUAAAGGAGUUUGAAAAUGGAAGAAUGGAACAGAAACAUGAGAGUGAACAAAAGAGAUCAGAAUUUCCAUUCCCUUUCAUUUGGUUGCCUUACUACAAUAAUGUUCCGGUGAAGUCUUGUGUCGAUGAUGGUGUUACAGAAAGGACUAGAUCAAACAAUGUUGGAUCCGGGGAGACAGGCGAUUCAGAGAAAGCGAGUAACCAAAGAAGCAUUCUUGUGAAGCAAGUCAAUGACUCGAAGCGAAGUGAAAAGAGCGAAAUGAAUGUUGAUGAAGAAAAUUUGACAAGAAAAGACUCUACCUCCAUGAACAAAAGAGGAUCCGUGUCUCCGCCUAAGGGAUCUAAGUUACCUCCUGUUUGUCUAAGAGUUGAACCAUUACCAAGGAAAAAAUACAGCAAUGGAAGUUCAAGAUCUCCAAGUCCACCGGCUUCAAAAGAACACUCCAAAGCAACAGCUGGUGAAACAAACAAGAAUCCUUCAAAGGCUAGUGAGGAAGUUAAACCAAAGGUGAAAACUAUUCAAGUAUCUCAGAACAAGACUAAUGAAAACAAGGGUGCUGGUGAAUGUAACAAAGAGAAAGAGGCAGAAAAUAUGACAGGAGAGGCUGCUGAACAUUCUAUGAAGGAUACAAACACAAGAACAAAUGAAGAAGGUAAAAGAGAAAGAAGUGUUUUGUCGAACGUAGAUGCUGCUGCUUUGAUACAAGCUGCUUAUCGCGGUUAUUUAGUAAGAAAAUGGGAGCCCCUGAAGAAAUUGAGGCAGAUAGCUGAAGUUAGUAAGGAGGUGACUUAUGUUAGAGGCCAGAUUCAAGCUGUUGAAGAUUCUUAUGAUCUUCAUAAUGAUAACAAGCAAAAAGUUGCUAUUGGAGAGACCAUAAUGAGACUCCUGCUAAAGCUGGAUACUAUACAGGGUUUGCAUCCAAGUUUGAGAGAAAUCAGAAAGUCUCUGGCAAGAGAGCUUGUAACUUUGCAGGAAAGGCUCGAUUCUAUAACAGCCAAGAAUCCUCAGCAGCAGCCGCAGGAGUACAAUGCUACGGAAACUGUUGAAGUCUCUCCAUUAAAUGUUCAGAAUGCAGAACAUAUCCAAGAGCAACAAGAUGAGAAAGUGGCAAUACCAAAAGAUUCAUCUGAAGACAUUAGCGACGGAAGAAUUCCCGAAGUUCAGUUUUGCAUGAAGAAGGAUCAAAACAAUGUAUGUUACAUUGAUUGUGCAAGUGAGGAUAUCAGUUCUGUGGUUGGGGUUGAUGCAACGGUUGACGAUGUUUCUGCUAUGGAUUCAAUGAAGGAGCUGCCAGUUGGUGUGCUCGAUGAAGACGGUGAUUCUGCUAUGGAUGCAAUGAAGGAACUGCCAGUUGGUGUGCUCGAUGAAGACGAUGAUUCUGCUAUGGAUGCAAUGAAGGAGCUGCCAGUUGGUGUGCUCGAUGAAGACGCCGAUACAUCUGAAUUCAGAAAAGAUGAAGAAACUAACAUCUCUAAAAUUGAAGUACAAGCCGACAAUGAGGGGUUCAUUGAAGAACUCCCAGUAGGACUUUUAGAUGAGGAUGCCGAAAAGUCAGAAUGUAAUGCAAAGGACAGAACAAAUUUUUCCAUAGCUAACACUGCAGAAGAUACUGAAAUAGAGCAGCCACUGGUUGAAGAAGAAAAAGAGGUGCAGUGUAGCGAGGAAUCGAAUGGUUGGGUAAAGAUUGAGUUCCAGAAAGAAGAUGAACUCAAAGUGAAUGCACCAAUGGACAUAGAGGAACUGAAAAGUCUUGAUCAUGUGAAUGAAGCAUAUUUGGAAGAAAAUGAUGUAGCUAACAUCCUGUUAGAACCAAAUGAAAAGGAAGCAGAUGGAAAACUUGCACAGCAAGAAACACAAGUUCAUGUUCAAGACAUUGUUGUUGGAGAGAAUACAAGUGGCGAUGAUAAAGACACAAAUUUUUUGCCCAAGGAAGAGUUGAAUGGUGACAUGAAAUUAUUGGAAGAGAAUGAGAAGUUAAGGAAGUUGAUGAAGGAGUUACUUGAAGCUGGGAAUGAACAGUUAAGUGUAAUAACAAACUUGACUGGCAGAGUGAAAGAUUUGGAGAAGAAAUUAGCCAAAACUAUGAGGAGCAAGAAAGUGAGGACAAAGAGACAUAGAUCAGUAACUCCCAAAAUGUCUUGUUCAAACUGUUCUGAAUAAUUUUAAGUCAUUAGAGGUGAUUCUCAACAUUGUAAGUUUUGUAUGUAACUGUGAGACGUAUUGUUGUAUUGAUGAUAUGUAUAAUGUAAUGUUUGUGAUAUGAAGAUAUAUACAUUAGCUGCUUUUUUUUUUUUU